AUGAAGAUGCGACUGCAGUUGAAGCAGUUUUCCCUGAGGUCGAUCAACCACUUGCGCUUUGCACCAGUUUGUAGAAGUCGAGCUGGCAAGCGGCUUCGAGGUCUGCAAUCGUGGACUGGCGAUUGCCAGUUCGCUUGUGCUCGAGUGACCGCAAGAGACCCUUCAAGCCGGCUUCGAGGGGUUCAUGUUUUGUCGGGAAGACGACGCUUCGUGAAACACCAUUUGCCCACUCCGGCGUCGUUCAGACUUCCAGUCGGCAGUAGAACUGAGUCAAACUGCUCGGCCACCGGACGUCUGUCAGAAUGA